AUGGAUGCUGCUGAGGAAGAGAGGAAGAGGUCGGCAGAUCAGCAAGAGGAUGACAGCUUGCUCGACAGCGAUAGGCUAGCCCAGCGCGAGGGAGAGUCUGCGCCCAAACGGAUCCGCAUCAACGACGACGACGAGGAGGAGGAGGAGGAUGACGAGGAUGAGAGCGUGCAGACGAACGGACAGAACGGCAUGCUGUCCGUCGAUGCUGGUGAGACGACCGGCAACCCCACCGCCAAUGCGUCCCGCGAAGGAUCUGCAAGCCAGCAGGUUCACUCCCAUGUCACGCCUGCUAUCCGACUCGACCCUGCAGAGCGACAGGCCCAACACCUUCGCCAGGAAGAGGCAGCGAAGCUCUACUUGGCAUCACAGACUCAUCCUAUCGUACUGCCUUCGUACUCUGCCUGGUUCGACCUGUCGAAGAUCCACACGAUCGAAAAGAAAGCCCUGCCAGAGUUCUUCAAUGGCAGGAACAGGAGCAAGACGCCUUCGAUCUACAAAGACUACCGUGAUUUCAUGAUCAACACCUACAGACUCAACCCGACAGAGUAUCUCACCGUCACUGCCUGUCGUCGCAACCUCGCAGGAGAUGUCUGUGCUAUCAUGCGCGUACACGCGUUUCUAGAGCAAUGGGGCAUCAUCAACUACCAGAUUGAUGCGGAGACGCGUCCGUCCAGCUUGGGUCCACCUUUCACAGGUCACUUCAGGAUCUUGCUCGAUACGCCCAGAGGUCUACAGCCGUUGCAUCCUGGCUCAAAACCCAGAGCAGCCAGACAGACGACCACAGACAUGCCUGCCACGGGACAACAAUCUGCCGACUUUCCGAAUAUCGAGCUUCGACGUAGCAUCCUCCAGACGGCGCCCAAUGGCAAGGACAAGCUCAUGGAUGACGCUGCGGCUGGCGAGGUAGCAGCGGGAGCGGCUUCGAACGAGCUCUCGAUAGAUGAGAAGAACAGACAAAAGUGUGCAGUCUCCGGUGUCGACAUCUCCCGAACGAGGUAUCACAACUUUAAGACGCGCAACUUUGACAUCUCUGCCAAUGACUACAAAGAAGGUCGAUAUCCCUCCCACAUGUCUGCUGCCGACUUCGUUCGGAUCGAUCAGUCUUUCUUCAAACAUGCUACAGACGAUGCCUGGACGGACCAAGAAACGCUCUUGCUCCUCGAGGGAUUGGAAAUGAACGAAGAUGAUUGGGAGGCCGUUUCGGAGCAUGUGGGCACACGAAGCAGGGAGCAAUGUAUUGCUCACUUCCUCACGUUACCUAUUGAGGAUCCCUAUCUCUCUGCGACGACUCGACAAGACUCGCUUGGUCCUUUGCAAUAUGCAAAAAUGCCGCUCAACCAAGCCGACAACCCUGUGCUCAGUAUCGUCGCCUUCUUAGCCAAUGUCGUCGAUCCCAAAGUCGCCGCUGCUGCCGCUCAAUCAGCUAUCGCUCAGAUGACCCAUUCGCUCAAGGACCGCGUGGCGGCAAAUGACGAUACGGCUGCCACUACCACGGCGAAGCCGGACGAGAGUAUGCAGCUAGACGAAGCGAGUAAACCUAGCUCGACGUCCGACAAGCCGAAGAACGACAUUGAGCGUGUUGCCUCGAUCGCCCUGGGUGCGGCUGCAGCCAAAGCUCACUUGCUAGCCAUGCAGGACGACAAAGAUCUGCAUCACUUGAUCAGAGAUGUAGUAGAUACCCAAGUCAAGAAGAUGGAGCUCAAGCUCACCCAAUUCGAACAAUUGGAAACCCUGCUCGAACUCGAGAGGAGACAGCUCGAACAGUCUAAGCAGGCGCUGUUCCAGGAGAGGAUGACCGUCGCGAGGCAAGCUGCGCUCGUCAAGGAUCUCGCUAGCAAAUUACAAUCGGGACAACAUGUCGCGCCUGAGGAACUCGAAGCUGCCACGAACACGAUGGCACUCUCGGGCAGUCUGCCGCCCUCUGCUCGAGCCGCGCCCGCGUCAAAACCUCUGGUCCCUUCUGAGCAUGUUGUCGAUCUGGCCUAA